GAUUUCUUUAACCCCUUCCUAGCCCCUUCCCUGCCUGUUAGGGACGGGGUGGUCAUGAAUGCGAGCUUGUAUCAGACAGAGCAUGUCUGUAAGCGUGCUUGUGGACACAUACACGUGAGCGUAUAGGAAAGUGCUGUAGUUCAUUGAAGGCUGCGCGCGACAGCAGUGGGUUUUGAUUACAGCAGGGAUAGUAAAGCCGGUCAAGCCAAGGAAUACCCUACUUCCGUCUGAAGCAACACACAGGUCAUGGCACUGUGUGGAGUCAAGGGUACACGUUUCUUGGGGCCCAAUGUGUACCCAGAAGCCCCUGAUGGAGGCUGGGGAUGGGUGGUGGCUGUGGCCUUCUUCUUGGUGGAGGUUUUCACUUAUGGUACCAUCAAGAUAUUUGGUAUCUUUCUGCAGGACCUGAUGGAGGAGUUUGGAGAGACCAACAGUCGGGUCUCCUGGAUCGUUUCCAUCUGCGUGUUUGUCAUGACCUUCAACGGUCCUCUCUCCUCUGUGAUGACUAACCGCUUUGGGUUCCAACUGGUUGUUAUGAUUGGAGGAUUACUUAUUGCCGCUGGGACCAUUGCAACCAGCUUUACCAACUCCAUCAAUCAAAUGUACAUCACCUAUGGAUUAGUUGCAGGUCUAGGAUACUGUCUGACCUUCCUGCCCACUGUGACCAUCCUUUCCCAGUACUUUUCUCGCCGUCGGUCUCUGGUCACAGCUGUGGCUUCCACUGGAGAGUCCCUGUCCAUGUUUGCCCUAGCACCAGCCUUUUCUGCAUUGAAGGACCAUGUUGGCUGGCGACAUACCAUGGUAGUGAUAGGAGCUUUGCAAAGCACCAUCAUCAUCUGUGGUGCUCUGCUUCGGCCAAUCAUUAUCAAACCCAGAGCGACCCCUGAGACAAAGACUGACGGAUCGUCCCCAAAGGAACUGGAAGCUCUCAGUACACCAGAUAAUGUAGAGGGCACAAAUCCAGAAGAGUCUAUAAUAAACAAUACCUCAUAUGCACAAAAUACCUCCCACAGUCUGGACAAUGAGCUAACUAGAGGCUCUGUGAGCACAGGAGACUCUGGUGUCCAGUCUCUAAAGGACACAGACGACAGCAGCCCAGAGGAGAAGACUUUACUGCACAAAGAAGCAGGGAAAUCUGUGGAAAACAGUACGGCAGAGGUUAUAGAAAUUGUAACUGGGGAGAAAAAGAAUGAAAAUGCAGAGAAACAAGCGAUGAAAGAUGACGAUGAAAUGAAAUUAGGCGAUGAAAAGCCAUCUGCAAAGAACUCAAAACUUCUAGACUUUUCUGUCCUCAGAGAAUGCAGCUUCAUUCUCUAUUCUCUGUUUGGACUGUUCGCCACGCUCGGUUUCUUCGCCCCUCAACUCUACAUCAUCGAGCUGAGUGUGAGUCGAGGUGUGGAGCGGGACCGCGCCACCUACAUGCUCUCCACCAUGGCUGUGGCUGAAAUCCUUGGCCGAUUCUCCAUUGGGUGGAUGCUGAACCGGGAGCAGUUCAGGAAGAAGAAGCUGCUAGUGCUUCUGGCAUGUGUAAUUGCAAUGACCGCUGAUCUGGUUGGAUUUACUUUGGUUACGGAGUUCUACGGCCUGGCUGUGUGCUGCGCUUUGUAUGGGUUCUUCAUGGGAACCCUAGCAUGCACCCACAUCCCCAUGCUGGCUGAGGAUGAUGUGGUGGGCAUAGAGAGGAUGUCUUCAGCUGCUGGUGUCUAUGUGUUCAUACAGAGCUUUGCUGGGCUGGCUGGACCACCACUUGGAGGUGUGCUGGUGGAUGUGACUGAGAACUACGGAUCAGCCUUCUACUCCUGUGCAGUCGGCAUGGGAGUUAGUGCAUUGUUCUUGGCUAUGGUAAAACCUGCUAAGAAAGGAUUACUGUGUAGGAAGAGGAACUAUAAACUCCCUGAAGGCAUACAUGAAAGAGAAAGGGACUCCGAGGAACAGAUUGCAGUGCAUAAACCGGACGAAAGAACUGACCGUUCUCUGGACUGCUCUGAAGUAGACGACCAGGCGGAGGCCACAAGAGAUGUGGAGGAGGUUAUACGUUUUGCUUGAGCUGAUGAGAUAGGAUAAGGGUAAUGCAAGUGUUAAGCCAUAUGAGGGUAACAUGCUGAAGAUGACAGCUACCCCAUAGUCAAGAGGAAUACAGAGAAGCUGAAGUGACAUGGAUGCAAUAAAGAGAAAGACCAAAAGUGUUUAUGAUCUAACAUUGUAGAUCUGGCCUCUGAGACCAAUCUUUAGAACUUUUACAUCACAGUAUUUAUGUAGCAAUUGUGCCUCACAUACCUAAUGUAUCAAACUGCUUUUUUUCUAGAGUCAAAGGGUAUACUAUGAAAUUAGCUUUAAGUGAGUGAAGCUUUUGAUGUAGUCUUGCCUUAAUGGACGAUAGUGUGAGAUAUGGCUGGAAAGUAUGGACGUGUUGAAAAUGGACCACAAGUGAUGCAGCGUUAAUGGAGGAAACAGGACUUAUUAUUAGACUAAUACUUGAUGAACUAAUUACGUGCUGCCAAUCAAUGUACUGUAAUGAAUGUACCAGAAAAACUGUGAUGCAAAUUUAGCUGCAAGAACAAUAAUUUGCACAGAUUCUGUAACACGUGUUAUAGAAAAUACAUAAAGCUCAGGAGAUGUGAUUAAAAGUGUUUCUUUUUUAAUCAAACUGUCACCAAGCUGACUAUUGCACUGUUAUGUGAUAUUAGAUACCACACUCAAAUCUAUUUUUGUAAUGAAAAUGUGUUCAAUCACAAUAAAGCAACAUAGUGAUUGAACCACUCAA